AUGACUGAGAUUUUGAGUUUAUAUGAGGCAGCAUCUGGGCAGAAAUUGAACAAAGAGAAGACCUCAAUUUUUUUCAGUCGAAACACCUCAAAUGAGGCCAAAAAAGAGAUAAUUGAAGAGGCGGGGAUUCCAGCCAACCAAAGCAUUUUUGGAGCUCGGGAUCUGCUCCAUGAAGGUUUGAUUUGGGGAAUCGGCAAUGGGCACCGCGUUAGAAUUUGGGGGGAUAGGUGGAUUCUGAACCUAAUUACAUACACGAUCCAAUCUCCACCUAAGAAACUUGAUCCUAGUGCUACGGUAAGGGAACUGAUUGACCCAAGCACUGGCUGGUGGAAGCAAAGCUUGCUUCGGGAAUUCUUUACACAAGAAGAGCUGUUGGCCAUUAACUCUAUACCAAUCAGUGCAAUCACACAACAAGACACUCAAAUAUGGAGGUGCACCAAUACAGGGAGUUUCACUGUCAAGAGCGCCUACCAUUUAGCCAAGGAGUUGGACACAAACAGACAACCAGAGAGCUCAAGAAAGGUGAGGGACAAUGUUUUAUGGAGAAUAUUGUGGAAGCUUCCCCUGACAAAUGGAGAAAAAAAUUUCAUGUGGCGGGCAAGCCACAAUCUUCUUCCAACAAGAGAUAAUCUCCUUAGGCGAAAGGUAGUUCCAGACCCCAUGUGCCCUAUCUGUAAUAAUGAAGCCGAGACAGUAUACCAUAUCAUGUGGGAUUGCCCUUUUGUGAGAGAUGUGUGGGGGGCGAGUCAUAGGUUUCUGCAGAAAUUUUCUGAUGAUGGUCCAGAUUUGUUACAUGUGGCUAAGGAGAUUUUGAGAAAAUAUGGGCAGGAUCUUCUCUCCACUUUCAUACGGAUUGCAAGGAAGAUUUGGCUUAGACGGAACAGUGCUGUCCAUGGCGACGAAUUUACCUAUCCAAACAAAAUUAUUUUGGAAGUGGAAAACCUUACAGGGGAGUUUACACGCCCAGUGUCGAACAGGGAUGGGGAUGUUAGUAAGGACCAUACUAGAACGGUUAUAGCAGCCAAGUGUCUCACCCGUAUAGGCAAUCUAGACCCGACGGCUGCGGAAGCUUUGGCAUCUCUUUAUGCAGUACGAUGGUGCCAAGAAUUAGGGAGACGAGCUAUUAUCUUAGAAGGGGACGCGAAGCAGGUAGUGGAAGCGAUAAACUCCGAUGUCAACAAUGGAAGCAGAUUUGGACACAUUGUAGAGGAUAUUCGCCAAACUCUAAAAACGUUCCCAAGGUGGCGAUGUGCUUUUGCAAACCGGAAUGCGAAUGCUGCUGCUCAUGGAUUAGCUAAGGGGGCAACAAAACUUGUCAUGGAUGGGUAA